AUUCGCGCAUAACCAGUUACAACGUACACAAGCUCCUAAAGCUCGUUUUUUGCAAGUCACAUCUCAGAAGUCUACUCAGUUUCACGUCAUCACACAACAAAUUGGAACGUUUGACAAUAGCUUUAUGGCAAUUGAUGAUUCCUAUGCCAACAGCCCUGCGCUUCGCUCCUUUCUCGCGACUACAGCAACUGCUCGCAACUGCUUGUUUCCUGCUUCAGAACCAAUGUCUUGGCCAGGCGCGAAGCACGUGUACGUGCGCAGCAUAGAGAACAAGAGAGCAAAGACUUCAGACAUUGGAUACGUUACCCUGGCAGGCAUGGACGUCGAGGUUUCAUGCAGCAGGGCCGCACGGAGGUUUUCUUCCAACCUUAACUGCGGAAUCCAUAUACUGGAAUCAUCGUUCAAGCUGCUCGAGGAUUCUUCGGCGUACACAGAUGUAGCGCUUGGGCCGAUGGCUGGGUCCUCGGCGCCAUGGCCUGCUCAGCGCGCCCACUCAGCCCCUCUGAGCGAUCUGUUCCUAGAUCUAGACGAACAAUUUGCGCCUACAACGCCACCUAUGCUCCGGCAGUGCCCAUUCGCCUCGCCGCUGGCAUCUUCGCCGCGCGAUGACGUAAUGGCAAGGCAGCCUUGGGCGACUACAUCGAGCCAGGUGUUUGCUAGCUGCGACCUCGUCUCCAAAGUGGGCCCCACGUCCGGUCUACCAACUGAAGCCUUUGCGCGCUGUGGCCGGGGCUCCCCACCAAACCUCCACGCCAUCGACAAAGCCCCCGACCUAGGCAGCAACACCAGCAGCGCUUACGCCGAAGCUACCGGUAUUUCAAAGCCCACAACGCCGACACCACGCAAGGAGCUAUCCACUCCCUCACUCCAAAGGCACCGCCCUCCUCCGCUCCUACCCCUCCACGCGGCUCCUCACUCAGGGGCCGCCGAUGCCUACCCGCCCUUGGUCACUGUCGAUCUGGGGGAUGUUAACCACCCUCCGCCUCCGCCAUCACCACCUCCUCCGUUCCGCACCUCUGCCGUACCGGCUCCGCUCACACCUUUAGUCGCCGCCGCCGCCGUAGACAAAUCAGUGGCGGCGGCGGCAGCGGCAUCACCUCCGCUGUACAACCUGCUCUGGCCGCCGUACGACCUGAACCAGAGUGCUUUAUGGCGUGCGGGCGACCCGCUGGGGCGGCCUCCCCUGCCUGAUACCUGGCGCGCCCGGAUGAGGAGCCCUUCCCCCACGUCUUCGCUGUCCUCUGGGGACCUCUUCACGUCGAUCGACCUGGGCGCCCCGACAACUACCACCGCCGCGGCCACCACCGGAGCCUCACCCUCUGCCGUACCCAUUCGGUCACGCGGAGGGACCGCCUCUCCCUUUGGCCUCGCCUGGGAGGGGCCCCUGGAGCUGACCUCGGGCCGCAGCAGCUCGGCCGGCAGCUUGGGCGGUAGCAGGGGAGGCGGAGAUGUGGAGUCUGGGACAUUUGGCUAUCACGACGGCUUUGAUGGCGCUACUGACGGCAGCAGCAGCAUGCGGUGGGGGGGCUCCGAUUGGAUCCGCCGGUGCAGCCCCUUUGCGCAGCUGGCAACAGCGGCGGCUGGCUGUGAAGCUGACGGUGACGAUGAGGCCGGUGGCGCGUAUCUCAUGGCAGCGAUCACGGGCACAGCAGCAGCAGGGGGAGCAGCAGGGGGAGCCCCGCCGCCCUCGAAGCACCUCCUGCCUCCGCGCCCCGCCAGCCCCUGCCCUCCUGGUGGUGCUGGUGGUGGUGGCGACCCGCAUGGCUGGCAUGGCGGCUGCCAGGAGGGGGAGCAGGAGGGGGGCGAUGGGGUUGCCGCCCCCGCCCGCCCGCCGCCCCCCAUGGACGAUGAGGAGCUGGACGAGUACUACCUGAACACGCUGUGCGGGGGGCACGACCCCAUCGCGGCAUUCAUGCAGCAGGAGCGGGCGCGGGUGCAGCAGCUGGAGAGGGAGGAGGGGGAGGGGGAGGAAUGGAAAAAGGAGGUGGAGGAGGAGGAGCGGCUGCCGAGGGGCGAGGAGGAUGGAUGUGAGGAGGAGGUGGUAGAGUUGCUGGCGAUAGCGCCAUGUGAGGCGGAUGUAGAGGAGGAGCAGAAGCAGCCGGAAGAGUUUGUCGGAGAGGAGGAGGAAGAGGUGGAUGUGGAGGCAGCUGUCUGGCUGCUGCCGGCGGCCGCAGCGGGCACUGCCGUACGGCUCCCAGCAUCGCUGCCACCGUCGCCUCCUCCGCCUGCACCUCCUCUGCCAACCCCAUCCCUGCGGCCGCUGCAGCUGCUGCUGCGUCAGGACACGCCCGCGGCGCUGGAG